AUGAUGCAAGGGACACACACAGCUCCUGCAAGGCGGAACAAAGAAUGUUACAAGCGCUGCUGUGGAUUGCUUGACUUGCAGGUGUCGUCAGUUGCCUCCCCACUGCACGACUUCGGGAGACAUGUGGAAGAAGAGAUGGAGGAUAGUGACAACACCAGCCGCCGAUACAUCCGCAACUACCAGCUAUACUCCAGAAGUAGCCGUAAGCACCUGCAGAUAUUCGGCAAGAGGGUCGACGCGCUAGGGGAGGACGGCUCAGAAAACGCUGAAGUUAUUGUCGAGACGGACACGUUUGGAAGUCGCGUGAGAAUCAAGGGUGCAUCAUCGGGAUUUUAUCUAUGCAUGAACGCCCGAGGAAAACUGAUAGGAAAGAGACGAGGGAAGUCGCGAACGUGCUUGUGGAAAGAACUUAUUGACGAGAAUAAAUGGACGGCUUUUGAGUCCGUGGAAUUCCCCGGAUGGAAUGUUGCAUUUAACCGCAGAGGAAGACCGAGAAAGGCGCCGAUGAUAAAGCGGGGAAAGGAAACUCAAUUUAUGAAAAGGCUUCUGCCGAGAGACAAAGUAAAACUGACCAACAAACCCGAGUUCGACUUUUCUCACUUGACGACACAAAUGCACCACAGGAGAAGACACUCGCAGCACACGACUUUCUACCAGUAACGCUCGGGACCUUGCAGCACGUGGGUAGACUAUUUUUUUACGAAGUCUGGAAGAGU